AUGAUGUUGACUCCAAUGGAAGUUGCGCUCCUGGUGCUACUAGCGUACCCCCUUGGCAGGAUAAUUUACAAUGUUUACUUCCACCCACUAGCCCAUCUACCAGGUCCUCGCACCUGGGCUGCAACCCGUCUACCAUUCAUUAGGGCACUUCUUCGUGGAACUAUUGUCCACGAUUUCGAAAAACUACAUCGACAAUAUGGGUCAGUCGUAAGAACUGCUCCCGACGAAGUCAGCUUCGCCAGCGGUGAUGCUUGGACUACCAUCUAUGCGAAUAUAAAUCGCCCUGAACACAGGCAAUUUCUCAAAGAUCCUCUUUGGUGGAAAAAACCACCUGGAAAACCAGAUUCGUUACUCAGCGCAAUCAGUCCCCCUAAACAUGCGCGCAUGCGGAAGAUACUAUCUCCAAGCUUCACCCCUCGAGCGCUUCGUGCUCAAGAGCCCUAUCUUCAGAAAUUCACGAAUCUUCUUAUUGAACGACUAAGAGAGAAAGUGGAAAGAAGCACGGAAGACAACAAUGGCACCGAGACGGAGAUAGAUAUCGCCCCAUGGUUCAACUAUACAACCUUUGACAUCUUCGGUGAUUUGGGAUUCGGGGAGUCCUUUGACUGUCUGCAGAACUCGCAAUACCACUCAUGGAUAGAACUGCUCUUCAAUAGCGUUAAGGGUGCAUCGUUUCUCGCUGCAGCGCGCUACUACCCCCUGGUCGAGUUUCUAUUGAAGAGAUGCAUCCCGGCAUCUUUAAGCAAAAAAGCCGUGCAGCACCAGCAGCAGAUUGUUGAAAAAAUUGAUCGUCGCCUGAGUUGGGAACUCCAGCGACCGGAUAUCAUGUCGCAUCUCAUCGAUGACAAUGGUCAGGUAGCAUGGGGCCGAGGGGAGCUAGAUGCUACCUUUGCGAUGCUCACUACGGCAGGUAGUGAAACGACGGCCACUGUUCUGACAGGCAUUCUAUGCUAUCUGGUGAAUGAACCUGAUAAACUUACAAUCGUUACCAGAGAAGCACGCGCGGCGUUUUCCAGCAGCGCAGAUGUGACUCUGAGCUCAGCCCAAGACCUUCCCUACCUCAAGGCCGUGAUCUAUGAGGGCCUUCGACUCUGUCCGCCCGUUCCUUGGAUGCUACCUCGUAUUGUCCCUGAGAGUGGAGAAGUAAUUUGUGGGAAAUGGAUACCAGGAGGGACCUCCGUUUCACUUCAAGCAUAUGCAUUGAACCGAGAUCCUAACACAUUUCACGAAGCCACAUCGUUUCAUCCAGAGCGAUGGCUGCCGGAUGCCUCGAGCCCUAAGUCUGUCUUCUUCAACGAUGAUCGUCGCGCAGUUCACCCGUUCAGUGUUGGCCCUCGCGCAUGUUUGGGUCAGAAUCUUGCGUGGGCUGAGAUGCAGCUCAUUCUGGCGAAGCUGCUGGUAUCUUUUGAUUUCGAGGUUAUAGAGCAUAAGCGCUUAAGGUGGGAGGAUCUACGAACCUUUCUACUUGUAGAGAAGCGUCCAUUGGAUGUUCGGAUAAAGCUGGCGAUCUAG